AUGGAUCCCGAUAUGAUGAUAGAAAAAGUGUUAACAGACACCGAUCUGUCCACACAGGGUUGGCUGAUUUUACCAACACAGAAGAUCGAGAAUAUAGAAAAGAACCUGGGAUUUACGUUACCCCGAAAUGGUGCUCAAGUGGAAAUUCUGGACAAUGACAAGUCCUAUUGGUUAUCUUUACUUGCUUACUUGCUAAGGUGCGAAAACCCGGUAGAGAACUGGUUAUGUCUUUGUUGUAAAGAGGUUCUGUGCAGCCGUUUUGUGAACAGACAUAUGCUUAUGCAUCAUCAACAGACUGCUCACUGCCUUGCACUCAGCUACAGUGACUUGUCAGUGUGGUGCUUCUGCUGCGAAGCGUAUCUUGAUGCUCAGAUCAUAUUACAGCUGAGACCAGUUCACCAAGCUACUUAUAUUCUCAAAUUUGGCGAGGCUCCUCCCUUACCCCAACUUUGAACAUUCAAAGCUCUCUUUUUUUUUAACCUUUGAUGAUUUUGUAUCCCUGGAUGUUUUUAGGGAUGAUGAUUUA